AUGGCUUCCCCUGUUCCAUGUUCUCAAUAUCCAAAGCCACAUGAUAUUUUUAUAAGUUUUAGAGGUGAGGACACCCGCGGAUGUUUCACCUGCCAUCUUUGCGAUGCUCUUAGCAGAAGCGGAAUAAAAGAAACAUUUGUCGACCGCAAACUUCCGAAAGGAAAGGAUUUAUGGCGAUCUCUUGAGAAAGCCAUUGAAGAUUCAACUAUGUAUGUUGUGAUCUUCUCAGAAAACUUUGCAUCUUCCACGUGGUGCUUGGAGGAGCUUACAAAAAUAUUAGAGCGCUCCAGAAAUCAACGUCGCCUUGUUGUGCCAGUGUUCUAUAGAGUAGAUCCUUCACAUGUGAGGAAGCAAUCUGAGAGUUACCACACAGCAUUUGUAAAACUUGAGGGCAAAGGCAUCAGCAAGCAACUACUGCAGAAGUGGAAGAAGUCUCUCACUGUUGCUGCCAAUUUGGCUGGCUUCCGCAUCUCCGAAGGAGAUGAUGAAGCAGACCGAAUUAAAACUAUAGUGAAAAGGGUUACAAAAAUUUUGCGCAAUCAGUGUCCAAAUGAAGAUAAUCUAGAAGACUUCAUUGGAAUUAAAAAGAGAAUGAAAGAUGUAGAAUUAUUGUUGGACAAGGGGUCCAACGAUGUCCGAAUUAUUUGCAUUUGGGGGAUGGGCGGUUUGGGCAAAACAACUCUUGCAAGAGCAUUGUAUAACAAGUGGUGUUCUGAAUACAAAGGGUCUCAUCAUUUUGUGGAAAAAGUGGGAGAAACAUCAAAGAAUCAUGGAGUAGAGGCUGUGAAGAAAGAUCUUAUUUCGGCAUUAUUAGGGGAUAAAAUAUCUCACACCAGCCAUUAUGACAUGACAAGACUUAAACGGAAAGAAGUUUUCAUUGUUUUGGAUGAUGUUGAUGGUUAUGAUCAAGUAAACGGUUUGGUUGGAAGACGCAAUUGGUUUAAACCAGGUAGUAAAAUCUUAAUAACAACCAGAGAUAAACAAGUCCUUGGUGCUAAAGUAGAUCGUGAUGCUAUAUAUCAACUGAAGGGUUUGGAUUCCAAGGAAGCUUUUCAGCUUUUCUCUUUACAUGCCUUCGGAAAAGGCUGCUCUGCCUCUAGCACAAAACUACGAAGGUUGGCACAGGAAGUGACUAGAUAUGCAAAUGGAAAUUCAUUGGCGCUAAAAGUUUUAGGUUCCUCCUUGUUUGACGAGAAAGAUCAAAAAGUUUGGGAAAGCCGAUUGAAAAAACUUCCAAAAUUAUUUGAUCUACAAAUUAACAAAGUCCUAAAAAUAAGUCUUGAAGGACUUCUAAGUAAAGAAAGAGAGUGUUUCUUGGAUAUCGCAUGUCUUUUAACUGGUGACAGUGAUGUUGAUGGUGAUAAUGAUGUUGAGGGAUGUCUUUUCACUGAUGGUUUUGUGACGGUAAGAGAGAUGCUAGAAGCACGACGUGGUUAUCCAAUCGCUCAUGAUUUGAAAAGACUAAGAGAGACAGCUCUUUUAGAAGUUGAUGAUGAAUCUGGGAGAAUAUCAAUGCACGAUCUGCUAAGAGAAAUGGGUCGACAGCUUGUUCGUGAUGAGUCACCAGAGCAUCCCGCAAGGCGGAGUCGAUUAUGGGAUCCUAAAGAAAUAUCCGAAAUACUGGGGGGAAAAGAGAGCAAUAAAGCCAUUGAAGGUGUAAGUCUGAACCUUCCAGAAGUUGGAGAGAUGCGCUUAAGUCCCAAGGCCUUUCGUUCAAUGCCCAACCUAAAGAUUCUUAAUUUUUAUUUUUAUCACAAAAUCGAUGAUGGGGUUGGAAUCAAGUUACAAAUGCCUGAUGGUAUAGACUUUUUGCCAGAAAAACUCAUAAAAUUGUGUUGGAUGGGAUACCCUUUAAAGUCUUUGCCAGUGAAAUUCAAGGCUGAAAAUCUUGUUCAAUUUGAAAUGCCCCACAGCAGUUUGAGAAGACUUUGGGAUGGAGUACAGAAUCUUCCAAACUUAAUCAAAAUUACGCUCGCUCAAUCAGAAGACUUGAUUGAACUCCCAGAUUUUUCCAAGGCCACACGUCUUAAACAUGUUAAUCUCGAUCUGUGUUCAAAAUUGCGAAGUGUUCAUCCAUCUAUUUUAUCUCGCCACAGCCUGCGUCGUUUAUGGCUACGCCAUUGCAAGUCCCUUGCCAGCCUUACAAGCGAUACCCAUCUCCGAUCUCUCAUUCGGCUCGAUGCAGGUGGUUGCUCAGGUCUGAAGGAAUUUUCAGUGACCUCAGAAAAUAAUGAGUUCUAUUUAGACCUUUCAGGAACUGCCAUCAGUGGUGCGUUGCGCUCAUCAAGUGGGCAUCGCAGCAAAAUUCGUUCAUUAUCUCUAAACAAUUGCAGAAAUGUGACAAGUGUUCACAAACUGAUUAAGCUGGGUGACCUUCGACGUCUCGAAGCUCGAGGGUGUAAAGAGCUAGCAUCAUGUCUCCUGUCCAAGUGUGAGGAGAUGCGUGCUUUGGAAGUUCUAUGGCUUCAGGGUUGCAAUGAAUUAUCUGAACUUCCUAAUGACAUCAGGUUGCUGUCAUCAUUACUUGAGUUAAAUCUCUCAGGGACUCAUGUGCGGACGUUGCCUUCAAACAUCAAACGUCUUUCAAGCCUGCGAUCUCUUAAACUGGAUGGAUGUAAAAGGCUUCGUCUUCUACCAGAGCUCCCUCCCUCCCUCUUGACAUUGAAUGCCGCUAACUGCGUAUCCCUUGAGACCAUACAAUAUUCACCUUUGAUAAACAAAGGUGAAGAAGGAAAAGAUAAGGCAUGUCCGUGCUUUAUAUUCACAAAUUGCAAGAAGCUGAAUCGACGGGCAAUCAAAGCUGCUGAGGCAAGAGUGCUACUUGAGAUAAAUAAAGGCAUUUAUGACUUUGCUAGAUUGGAAUAUCCAGGAGAAAGACUUCCAAAGUGGUUCGUGUCUAGGAGUACUAAAGAGGAUCCCAUGACUGUGAAUCUCUGUUCGAUUCCACGAUCUUGGGAUGGGAGAUUCUAUUUUGGAGCCGUCGUUUCUGAAUUACCACAGUGGACAGACAUUGAGGUCAGAUGGUUUGUUGAUGGUCAAUAUGCUUGCAGGGUUGAGGACAGCUCGUCUUUGGCGAUUGAGCAGACGUCGUCAGAUCAUGUUUUUGUUUGGUAUCGUCCAGAUUCAUUGCGACAACUAAAAAGGAAGAUUGAAUCAAAGGAAAGAGAUGCCCAAAGCAAGACUUAUCGUCCAUGUGUUGAAAUUAAAUUCAGACUCCGUAAGCCGCGUGGCAAAGUGAUAACAGAAGCAAAGAUCAAAGAAUGUGGGCCUCCUUAUGUUUGCAGGGGCAUACAUGCACUCGUUGCAUUAUAUUUCGACCAAUGCACUUCGAGUUUGUUUUCAAGCGACCAUCGUCUUCCUCCUCGUCAUCAGUCGGCCGUUGACUUCGCCAUCAACUGCAAAUCUACAAUGGUUGCUCCUUUCACAAAGAAGCUGCCUCAAAAUUACAGCCGGGCUUUGAAGUCUCGGCAUUUGGGGCGUCUAAUAUUUGAUUCUUCAAUUUGUAUUUCAACCAUUAUUACUUUGUUGGUUUUGAAACUGGAGUACUCUCUGGCUAUCUUUUAUGUGAAAACCUUUUUCGCUGAACCAAAAGAAGGUUUCUUCCCUGAUGCUACACACGUCACAGCUGGAGGCUUUGCAGAAACUGAUCUGCUUGGUCAAGUUAAGAGCGAGUCAUCACGGAAGAUAAUUUGCAGCACCAUUGCUAAUUCAGGUGUGCUAUUUGCAUACUCCAUUUAUGUGAAGCCUAACUAUUUGGAUUGA